AUGCCUUGGUCGGACAGACAGUACGCUAUUGAAACCGACCCGACCGAAUGUUGUUCAAUACAGCCCGGACAAUUCGAGGACGCAUCCAGGCCUGCAACCACUCCUGAACAGCAGCUCUACCCUUUCGCAACGUACGGCUCGAUUGCCCCUUCUAUCCCAAGCGCGUCUCCAUCGAUCGCCAGCGAUCCGGCCAUCUUUGCAGGCCUCACGAAUGAUGUCGGAGGGGAAGAAGAGAUACCACUGUGCACCCCAUAUUUUGAAUGGGACCAGUUGCAGACCACCGAGGGUGGCAGCCACAUCUACAAUGCGCAAGCGUUGGAAGAUGGCGAAGCCCUGGUAGGACACAUUAAAGACCCCGGAACCGACUCCUACAGGCCUCCAGUACCAUGUAACUAUUGCAGAACACGUCGCUUGCAGUGUCUGGUCAUUCGGACCACGACCGCGAAUCCAAAUCCAAGAACGGCCUGUUCCAGUUGCGUCGCCCUUUUCCGAGACUGCAGUCUAGCUGAGAAGCCAAAGAGACAUCCGUCCCAAUACGAGACUGUUUUUCCCGUGAUCGGCAAUCUUCACGGCAUCAAUGAAAUGGCCGCCAUGACGAGCGGCUAUGACACGAUCCAGGAGCUUUCCGUGCUGGCUAAUCAUUCGCAAGACGUGUAUUCCACCUCCGGCAGCGUAUCAAGAGAGAGAAGUCUGGCGCAUUCGAAAAGAGCUAGUUCGCGGAUGACGGGGCGCACAAAGCCAUUACGACAGUGGUUUUUCCGGCAUAUUGACAAUCCGUUCCCGUCCGAGGAAGAGAAGCUGGAGCUGCAGCAGGAAACUGGCAUGACUAGGACACAAGUUCAAGACUGGUUUACCAACGCUAGGAGAAGACAAAAGGCUUCUCGUCAAGCCCAGAGGCGUCAGUUCUACCCGCUGGGUUCUCCAAUGCCACAAUCCGCCUUCUCAGACAUGACACCGUUUCAGCGUUGGCGUAAUUCGCCUCCAGAAGACGACCACGUUCCACCUGAGGUGGUGAGACUGGCCAGCAACUCGCAACUUGGAAAUGGGCUGCCGUCUCUCGAACAUUCGGGUCACCACCUAGCAGGCCUACCUGAUCAUUACGGGGGUUUCUCUGACCAUUCGUCGGGUCCGAACUCGGUUUCGUCUGAUUCUGUAUCGUCGUUCGAGUCUUUCGCAUCUCUGAACAGCUACGCAUCAAGUCAUUGCUCGAGCUGGGGUUUGGAACCAGGCACGUCAAGCAUUGGAAAAUCGAUCAUGGCCACUACCACACUCAAGUAUCAAUGUACUUUCUGCGACUUGUCCUUCAAGAAGAAGUCUGACUGGUCUCGGCAUGAGACUUCUGUGCACAUACAACUGUCGCUGUGGAUCUGUCAACAACCAGAGCCUGUGAUCUGGCAAGUUGGUCAACAGCGACCACAGUGCAAUUACUGUGGGGUAGAGCAUCCGUCACAAACGCAUACCGAUUCACACGAUUUUCAAGCCUGUGCAGAGAGACAAUUUACUGACCGGACCUUUCGUCGCAAAGAUCAUCUAUGGCAGCAUCUGCAGAAGUUUCACGGCUGCCGCACUUGGCCCGGCCAAGAUUUGCAGAUUGGAAGGUGUCGCCGUACAACAGUUGCAAGCCGAUGCGGGUUCUGUAACGCCGUCUUCGCCACGUGGUGUGAGCGCGAGAAUCACCUAUCUUGUCACUUCAGAGAAGGCUGGCAGAUGAGCCAAUGGAUUGGAGAUUGGGGCUUCGACGCAGAAACCUCCUUGCUCCUUAACCGUGCAACAUUGCCCCAGGAUCGGAACUUCAAUAGUUACAACAUUCUCACCUAG